AUGAGCAAGGUAUUUUCCAGUGGGUCCUAGGAGCUCAAAGGGAACGGUGAAUUCAUGACACUAGAGAGAUUUCGGUGAAAUUGUCAUCUUUAAAAGAUUUGCCAGUAUUCGAAGAAUUAAGUGAUGAAUGUCCUUGGCGUGCUGUGUUUUGCAGCCGCAGUUCUUACUGUCAAUGCAAGGCAUAAAAGAGAAUGGGAAUUUCUGGAUAUGAAGAAAGCAACCCGAGAAAUUUUGAUGCCGUUAUAUAGAUCUGAAACUCCAAUUUGCCAUAAAGGUCCUGGCUUUUAUCGUGAUCCGAAUGACUGCCAUCAAUAUAUACGCUGCGUUGAUGACUUCAGUUCCGGAAGGAGGCUGACCUUAUUUGUUGGCAGAUGUAGACCUGGUUUGGUUUUCGAUGAAAACGUAAGUUCUUGCAACUGGCCGGAAUUGGCAGCGCCAUGUAGAAAUUCACCAGAACAUUUCAAGGAUCCUGCAAGUAAACUUAACCCCAAGGAACCAAAUACACAGCACGUUACACAGGAUAAUAAAAUAUCUGAUCAAUCAGGCUAUUGGAAUAAAUACCAAUCACAACAGCAGAAGCCCAACAAGCACGAUCAGAAACUUCAAGAACCUGUGGAUGGAAUUAAAAAUGUUUUUCAAGAAACUGAGGCUCAGGAAAAAAUUGGACAAUCAUUUGAAGAAAGCCAGGAACCACAAGUACAGAUAACUGAACAGGAAAGGGAGCCUCAAGUAGCAGAAAGUUUUGAAGAAAUACCAAAUAAUAAAGGACAUCAACAAAUUCCCGUUUCAAAGCAAAUCCCUGAACUAGUAAUUCAAGAAAAAGACGAACCAUUGUCGCAAGAUCAAGUAAUUCAGCAGCAAUCUGAACAAAUAUCUAAAAGUCCAGAUAUUCAAAAGAAAGUUACUGUGCAACAAAUAAAAGAGAGUUCUAAAGCAAAGGAGCCGGUAAUUCAAGAAUCUCAGCAAGUUCAAGAGAAUCCGAAAACAAGACAACCAGUAAUUCAAGAACAAACUCAGCAAGUUCAAGAAAAUCCGAAAACAAGACAACCAGUAAUUCAAGAACAAACUCAACAAGUACAAGAAAACCUCAAAACAAGACGGCCAGUAAUUCAAAAACAAACUCAGCAGUCACAAGAAAAUCCUAAAAAAAGACAACCAAUAAUUCAAGAACAAACUCAGCAAGUGCAAGAAAAUCCAAAAAAGGAACCAGUAAUACAACAACAGAAUGAACAUGUAUCGAAAGAUGAUCACAGAGAAGCAAUAAAUCAGCAACAAAACCAAAAAGUUCCUGUUUGGGAUGAAGAAGAUGCUCAAGAAAAAAUUUAUCAUCCAGUUCAAGAUCAAGAGCAAAUUCAGAAUCCAGUAGUUCAAGAUAAACAAAGAAUCAACGGGCAACAACAAAAUAUUUACGAUAACAAUCUAGCUAGUCAGUUCCAAGAACAGGUACCUUCGGGCUUCUUUCAAGAGAUUCCUGAUAGUGAAACCAGUCAAUCCCAAUGGUGGGUACCAGAAAGUCAAAGCUCCGAAAGCACUGCUAUACUCGGAAUAGCUGACCAAAAUGAUAAACAUCGAGGAGAAGCAGCUCCAACUACAUUAGAAGAACCAAUUUUAUGUUCUAACGAAGGAUUUUUCAGGCAUCCCAAAAACUGCAGCCGUUUCUUUAGAUGCGUAAAAAAUGAAGAAGGAUCAUUUUCUAUUCACUUCUUCCAAUGCGCAAAACAUCUUGCUUUCGAUGAAAAAAUUAGUCACUGUACAGAUUCUGAAAAUAUCAAAUGUUCUUCGAGGAGACCAAAAAGACAAGCAGAUGAUAUUCCUUUAGAAUGCAGUGGAGAAGGAUUUUUUAGGCAUCCAAAAGAUUGCCGAUCCUUUUACCGUUGUGUAAAACAUGAAAGUGGCGAUUAUGAGACACAUUUGUUUUCGUGUCCAGCUAAUUUAGUAUUUGAUGAAGAAUAUGCUACAUGUAAUUGGCCAGAUAAAGCUCCGCCAUGCGAUACUCGAGCACAAUUCUGGAAACCGACAAGAGCAUCAAUUUCUACUCCUUCAAGACCAUCUUUUAAACCCUACCAGAGAACAACUGCUAAAGGUUAUAAAUCAACCACAAAACCAAGAAAUGAUUUUAUUGAGUCAUCCAAUCCAUUUACUUCAGAGAGAGGAGCCUCGAGAAUUCGUACCACGCAGAAACCUAAAUACACAACUCAAUCUUCAUCUAAUUCUGGACAGCUUUGCAACACGCCUGGCUUUUAUCGACACGAUCAAGACUGUACAAAAUUUUAUAAGUGUGUAAAAAAUGGAAACUACUUUGUCCGCUAUGAAUUGAGCUGUCCUAAAAACUACGCAUACGACGAAAUUUCAUCUCGUUGCGUGUCUCAGAAAUAUGCUAGCUCAUGUAAUGGAAGAAAUAAUUAUCCGCCUUUCCGCCAAAAUGAUGAUGAACCUUCUACAACUACAGAAUCAGAAGUUGCUGAUGACGGUAAUCAAUCAUCUUCCGAGGACGAUGGAAUUGAAUGUACAGAAGCUGGUUAUUUCCGAAAUCCGAAUGACUGCAAUAAAUUUUAUAGAUGUGUAGACUUUAGUGGUGAAGGGCAAGAGUUCGUCCGUUAUGAUUUCAGUUGCCCGGAAGGUUUAGUUUUUGAUGAAAAAAAGAGCAUCUGCAACUGGCCUGAUCCAACUGCUCCCUGUGAAGCUGGCAGCAAUAGUGGAAAUGGUGAAGACGAACCAAGCGUAUUAGGUGGUGAAGAUGAAUCUGAGGAUACUUCUUCUUCAACAACUCCCCGUUCAACUACUGAAUCAGAAGGACGGUCUACACCUAAGAAAGAUAAGAGCACUGCUAGACCUAAAGAAAAUACACCGAAACCAGGAAAAAGUACUUCUAGACCAAAAGAUAGCACGCCCAAACCAGAAAGAAGCACUUCCAAACCUCAGCAAACAACGCCUACAUCAGAAGAAAGCUCAGAGCAACCAAGUAAAUCUGAUAACGGUUGUAAUGAAGAAGGAUUUUUCAGAAAUCCAGAAGACUGCAAUAAAUUUUACCGUUGUGUUGAUUCUGGCGACAAUGGUCAAGGAUUCCUCAGAUACGAUUUUGAUUGCCCAAAAGAACUUGUUUUUGAUGAAACAAACAGUGUCUGUAACUGGCCUGAUGCAAGCGCUCCCUGUGAAGCUGGUAAUAGUGGUGGUGGUAAUGAAGAAGACGAAUCAAACGAAAACGAAUCCGACGAAGAAUCUUCAACGACUCCUCGUUCAGUUGAUGAAUCGGGAAGACGUUCCACAACCACAACUAAAAAACAAACUGAUAAAAGCACUCCUAAACCAGGUAGAAGUACUUCUAAACCGAAAGAAAAUACACCGAAACCAGGAAAAAGCACUUCUAGACCAAACGAUAGCACACCCAAACCAGAAAGAAGCACUUCCAAACCUCAGCAAACAACGCCUACAUCAGACGAAAGCUCAGAGCAACCAAGUAAAUCUGAUAAUGGUUGUAAUGAAGAAGGAUUUUUCAGAAAUCCAGAAGACUGCAAUAAAUUUUACCGUUGUGUUGAUUCUGGCGACAAUGGUCAAGGAUUUCUCAGAUACGAUUUUGAUUGCCCAAAAGGACUUGUUUUCGAUGAAACAAACAGUGUCUGUAACUGGCCUGAUGCAAGUGCUCCCUGUGAAGCUGGUAAUGGUGGUGGUGGUAAUGAAGAAGACGAAUCAAACGAAAACGAAUCCGACGAAGAAUCUUUAACGACUCCUCGUUCAGUUGAUGAAUCAGGAAGACGUUCUACAACCACAACUAAAAAACAAACUGAUAAAAGCACUCCUAAACCAGGUAGAAGUACUUCAAAGCCUAAGGAAAGCACUUCAAAGCCAGGUAGAAGCACUUCCAGACCUAGAGAAGGCACUUCUCAACCGGGUAGAAGUACUUCCAAACCUAGAGAAAGCACAUCUAAACCAGGAAAAAGUACGUCCCGUCCCAGAGAAAAUACACCUAAACCAGAGGGAAGCACUCCCAAACCCGGAGAAAGUACUACUGGAGCAGAUGAAAGCUCAAAAGAACCAGAAGAAUCAAAUUCAGAAAAUGGUUGCAGUGCUGAUGGAUUUUUCAGAAAUCCAGAAGACUGUAAUAAAUUUUACCGUUGUGUGGAUUUUAACGGUGAUGGUCAAGAAUUCGUCCGCUACGACUUUGAUUGUCCAGAAGGUCUUGUUUUUGAUGAAGAAAAUAGUGUGUGCAAUUGGCCAUCAGAAGUUGACGACUGUGGUUCACGUCCAGGUGGUGGAAGCAAUAAGAAUAAGAAAGAAAGUAGCACUUCUAGUACACAAAAAGAUCAAGAUUCUACAACUGCCAAACCAACUACUCAAAAAGGCCGAGAUUCUACAACGCAAAAACCAAGUACCCAGAAAGAUCGCGAAUCUACAACAAAACAAAGUACCCAAAAAGGUCGAGGUACUACGACUGUAAAACCAAGUACUCAAAAAGGCCGGGGUUCUACAACUCCAAGACCACGUACUACUGCAGAAGAAGAAUCUCAAACUGAUGAAGAUAAUUCAAUGAAUACAGAAGAACCUGAAAGCUCGUCUUCUAUCACGGAAUCAUCGUCUUCAGAUAAAGAAAGUUCGACUAGUUCUGGAUCUAAACGUCGAGGCUCAAGCAAUGGGGAAUGCAAAGAAGAAGGAUUCUUCAGAAAUCCAGAUGAUUGCAAUAAAUUCUACAGAUGUGUCGAUUAUAACGGAGACGGAAAAGAAUUCGUAAAAUAUGACUUUUCUUGUCCUGAUGGAUUAGUAUUUGAUGAAGAAAAUAGCGUUUGUAAUUGGCCUGAGCAAGCUGCUCCAUGUGAAGGAAAUUCGGGUAAAGAAGGUAGUAGUACUGAACAAGAUGAAAAUGAAUCAUCUACGACUUCUACAACUGGUAAAAGAGAUGAAACAUCAACAGCUUCUACAACUACAAGAAGGGAGUCAUCUACAACGCGAAGAACAACAAAAUCUCCAUCUGGCAGAUCCACCAGACGUCCACAAUCAACAAAAUCUCCAUCUGAUAAAACUACCAAACGUCCGCAAGUAACAAAAUCUACUACCAUUGCCCAAUCUACUACCAUUGCCCAAUCAACUACUUCAUCUGAGGAAUCAACUGAUAGUUCAACAGCAACUAGUAGAAAAGAAACCACUAAAGACGAAACUUCUGAAAGUACAAAACAAGAAAGUGAUGGAGAAUGCACUGAAGAAGGUUUCUUCCGAAACCCAGAUGAUUGUGGUAAAUUUUAUCGUUGUGUUGAUUUCGACGGAGACGGAAAACAAUUUGUAAAAUACGAUUUUGACUGCCCUGAUGGACUUUACUUUGAUGAAGUUAACAGUGUUUGUAAUUGGCCGGAACAAAGUCCUCCUUGUGAGACUGCCAGUAAAGGAAAAGGAGAAACAACUGAAAGCAGUGGCAGUACCUCGAAAACUGAUAGUACUACGCAGUCAGAAACCCAAAGUACAUCUACAAUGUCAUCUACAACACAAUCUGCUCAAUCAACUAGCACUACAACUACUCAAUCCACAACUAAAUCCAAUGAGCCAACUAGUACUUCCAAAGCCACAUCCACAACUUCGAGCAAAGAGUCUGAAUGUUCCGAACCAGGAUUUUUCAGAUGUCAAGAUGAUUGCAAUAAAUUUUAUAGAUGUGUAGAUGAUGGGCAGCAAUUAGUUCGAUAUGAUUUCAAAUGCCCAGAAGGGUUAAUAUUUGAUGAUAAGAAUAAAAGGUGCGAUUUCCCAUCUGAAGAAUUGUCAUGUGAUAUUGAAUCUACCAGCACUACCCCUUCAUCUACACAAUCAACAACUCAAGCAGCCACACAAACCACAGGAAAAGAAAGCACAUCUGGAUCUACGACAACUUCAAGUGAAAGCUCGACUAAAUCAUCAAAAGAAUGCACUGAAGAAGGUUAUUUCCGAGAUCCUGAUGACUGUAGCAAAUAUUACCGCUGCCUUGAUGAAGGAGAUGGUACUCUAACUAGAGAAGAUUUUUCAUGUGCAGAAGACGAAGUAUUUGAUGAAGAAAUGCGAUAUUGUAAUCGAAAAGAUUUAGCACCUCCUUGUGAAGAAGGAGCAACUUCUACCGGAUCACAAAGUACAACACUAAGCGGAACAUCAUCAAAAGAAUGCACCGAAGAAGGUUAUUUCCGAGAUCCUGAUGACUGUAGCAAAUAUUAUCGCUGCCUUGAUGAAGGAGAUGGUACUCUAACUAGAGAAGAUUUUUCAUGUGCAGAAGACGAAGUAUUUGAUGAAGAAAUGCGAUAUUGUAAUCGAAAAGAUUUAGCACCUCCUUGUGAAGAAGGAACAACUUCUACAGGAUCACAGAGUACAACACCAAGUGGAACAUCAACAACAAGUGAAACUUCUGUAACUUCUAGUACUUCAUCAACAACAUCAGAUGAAAGUACCACGGAAGGAAGCAGACAGUCUGGCUGUAGAAAAGAAGGAUUUUUCAGGUGUGAAGAGGAUUGUAAUAAAUUUUAUCGCUGCAUAGAUGAGGAUGGAAAUGGAAACUACAAACGGUAUAAUUUCUCUUGCCCUGAGGGAUUAAUAUUUGAUGAAAAGAAUGAACGAUGCGAUUGGCCUUCUGAAGAAUUAACUUGUGAUACUGAAACAACUGGUUCAUCUACGACAUCUCGUGAUUCAACCACAUCUUCAACCUCAACUGGAACUACGUCUUCAGGAUCUACAUCAACAUCUUCAUCUGAUGAAUGUACAGAAGAAGGAUAUUUUAGAAAUCCUGAUGACUGCAGUAAAUAUUAUCGAUGCUUGGAUGAAGGCGACGGUACAUUUACCAGAGAAGACUUUUCCUGUGCUGAGGAUGAAGUUUUCGACGAUGAAAUGAAUUAUUGUAACCGUAAAGAUCUGGCACCGGCCUGUGAAGAAACUUCAUCUACACCUGGGUCGAGUACAAGUACUAUACAAUCAGGUUCAACAAAUACUGAUUCAGAAAGUAGUACAACAGAAGCCAUUUCAUCCACAACUUCAAGCAAAACUACAACUCAGGCAACAUCAUCUGCAACCGAAUCCAGUGAAAGUACUACAAAUGAAGAAAACGGAGCUACAAGAGGUACGACAGAAGGUUCAACUGAGAAAAAUACUAAAUCAGGUGAAUGCGAAGAAGAAGGUUUUCACAGGCAUCCAGACGAUUGCAACAAAUUUUACAGAUGUGUUGAUUUCGCAGGUGAUGGUCAAUCAUACACAAGAUAUGAUUUCGAAUGUCCAGAGGGAUUAGUAUUUGACGAAACAAACAACGUAUGUAACUGGCCAUCUUCUGUACCGUCUUGUGAAUCUUCUGAGGGAAAAUCUACCACUUCCAGUGAUAUGGAAGUAACAUCUACAACACAAGGUGACCGAUCAACAUCAGCAACAGACAGUGAUACAACUUCAACAUCUACAACCAAGGGCAGUUCGACUACUGGAACUACUUCAGGAUCUACAUCUGAAGAAACUGAUUCUUCUACUACAAGUACUGGAACUACAAGCUCCACUGGUUCAACAUCGAGUGACAAAAAGUCAGAAGAUGCUGAAUGCACUGAAGAAGGUUUCUUUAGAAACCCUGACGACUGCACCAAAUUUUAUCGAUGCGUUGAUUUUGCAGGAACAGGAGAAUCAUACACACGUUACGAUUUUGAAUGUCCAGAUGAUCUGGUAUUUGAUGAUGUAAAUAAUGUAUGCAAUUGGCCUAAUAUGAGUCCAGGAUGCGAAAGUAGUUCAAAGAGCGAGAAAAAUGAGUCAAAGAGUACAACUAGUAAAGAAGAAUCUACCAGUUCCACAUCUGAAAGUACAACGAAUACAGAUGGAUCUCAAUCUACUGGUACAACAGCAGGAGAAAGCACUGGAACAACAUCUGGAGACAGCACAACUACAGGAGAAAGCACUGGAACAACAUCAGGAGAUGGCAUGACAACAGGAGAGAGCACAGGAACAACAUCGAAAGAUAGUACAACUACAACAUCAGGUACAAGAGCAACAUCAUCUACAACUUCGGGAACAGAAUCAGAUGACUUUCAAUGUGAAGAGGAAGGAUUUUUCAGACAUCCUAAAGACUGCAAAAAAUAUUAUGAAUGUAAAAGAGACGAAGAUACUGGUGAAAUGAUUAAAAUUGAUUGCGAAUGCCCUGAAGGACAUGUAUUCGAUGAGGAAGGCUGGUAUUGCAAUGCCGAGGAAUUAAGCCCACCAUGUGAUGAUGGUUCUUUUAAAUGUGAGAAAGAGGGUUUCUUCCGUGAUCCAGAAGAUUGCACAAAAUACUACUACUGCAACCAAACAGGAUCUGGCUUUAGAAAGGAAAGUUUCCAGUGCACAGAUGGAAAUGUUUUUGAUGAAGAAGGACGUUAUUGUAACGCCCCAGAAUUAACUGAGCCAUGCAAUAGUACAUCUAGCACAAGUUCUAGUUCCGUUUCUGGUACAACUCCCUUGGAUGAAAAUACAACACCUGGAUCUGGAACAUCAUCAAAUCCUACUUCAUCGACAAGUUCUGAAGCUUCAAGUUCCAGUACCUCUUCAGACCAGCAAGAGUGCACUGAAGAGGGUUUCUUCAGAAAUCCUGAAGACUGCACCAAGUACUAUCAGUGCACUCGCAAUGAGGACUCAGGAGAAUUCGAAAGAAAAGAUUUUACAUGCCCAGAUGGACGAGUUUUUGAUGAAGAAGGUAAUUAUUGCAAUGAUCCUGAAUUGAGUGAUAAACCUUGUGAUUCAAGUAGUACCAGUUCAUCCACACAAGGACAAACUGAUAGUACUACCUCAUCAGGAACCUCAACAAAUGAGCAAACAGGUAGUACAGAUUCAUCUACAGCCACAGGUACAGAUUCAUCUACAACUUCUACAGCAGAGUCAUCUACUACAGAUUCAUCUUCAUCUAGUACUAAGUCAGGUGGAGGUCCAGGAACCAGAAGAGGUGGUGGAGAUCCUGAGUGUACCCAAGCAGGAUUCUUCAGACAUCCAAAAGACUGCAAUAAAUUUUAUAGAUGUGUAGACUUUGCCGGCACAGGUGAAUCUUAUGUCAGAUAUGAUUUCGACUGUCCAGAGGGUCUCCAUUUUGAUGAAGUGAAUUCGACAUGUAACUGGCCCACCAUGACUCCACGUUGUGAAAAUGAAAGCGAGUAAUUCUUCAUCACUUCUCUUUCUUUUUAAUCACUGAAGGUACCUGUUAUAACUUCAGUAAAUUGUAAAUAUUGUAGACAGUAUGUGUAAAGCUGCUUGUGGAAGGACAUGGUGCCAUAUUGAAAAAUUAGUUGUAUUUCCACAAUGACAAUCACAAAAGUCUUUUAGGAAAAUUAAAUUAAACAGUACUUCAUUCAUAAAAUUUUGAACUAGUCAGAAAUAAAAUUUUAAAAUAGUAAAAUUUGUACACAUAUUUUAGCAAUCGAAUGAUAUCGAUAAUUUUUUAAAAAUCUAAUCUCUAAUAAAUGUUAAAAUAGCAUUCAUCAUUUUAAUUCCUUUAAUGGAAUGAUAGUGUAUCUCUAAAUUUUGGAAUGAAAUAAUUCUUUUACUUUAUUGUAAGGCAUAUGUCAAACAAUAAUAUAAUUUUUUUAUCCUGUGUCCUUCCACUAAUUAUCUUCAGGGUUAUUUUGAAUAAUAGUCGUUCUGAGUGCCAAUCUAUUGCGAUUGUUGCGCAGAUGUGGGUUAUGGUUCAUUCAGUUUAUUUAUUUGUCAUUAUUUAUUUUAUGUGUUUUCAUGUUGUACUUGUGUCACAGUCAGUACCAGAACUAACAGCUUCAUAUUCCCAUGUAUUUUUUGUUAUUUUUGAACAAAACAUAAACCAUUGUUGUUAUUUAUUGUUAUUAUCACAAUUCCAAACUGAGUAUUUGCAUUUGUCUGACAAUAAAACCCUUUUGGAUUGCUUAUAGAACGUAGUAAAUAAUGUAUCAGAAGGAAAUUUAAACAGUUGGCUUUUAAAAUAGAAUUAAUUUCUUUCUUAAAAAAGAUACCUAAGGAAUAGCUUUUAGGUAUCUUCAAUUAAUGUUUCAAAAUUUAGUAACACAAUUUGUUUUGAUUAUACUGAGAACUCUAAAUAAAAUAUAUUCAAACAAAUUAAACAAAAAUUAAUUCAAUAAUAAAUUUUCAUAGUAAUAGUCUAAGAACUGAAAAUCAAAAAGUACUUGCUAAUUUUUAUUUCAUAAUAAAAAUUAGGAAAUUUCAAUUGUCUUAAUAUGAGCAGAAAUAUAUUGAUUUCAAUAUUCAACAUUAGUGUUUUGUGUAAAAUUAUAAAGAGUUAAUUGUCCUUGUAAGAACUACUUAAUAUUUAAGUAUUCUAUUAAAAUAAAAUGUAUUACAAUUGCUCAAAUGAAACCAUAUUUAAAGUGCCUUACAUGCUUUGUCAUCCUGCGUCUUGUUAACAUUAUGUUUUCUGUGUUUGUGAACGAACGAACUACAAUCUGAUGUAAGUUCUUUCUGUUAAUAAAGUCUGUUUGACUCAUAA